GAUCAUAGAUCAUAAUUGUGAUAUGCAUAACUGUGUGUGGACAUGGCGGAGGACUGAGACCAAUAAUCUUGCCUUUAUAUAGAACGAAAUCAACUUCUGGAAUUAACAGAUAUAGACAAAGAUUUAAGGUCAUGGCUGAAGAAUUAAAAGACACGAUUGCUCAGAGUCUGGAGUGUCCUGUUUGUCUGACUACCUUCACUGAUCCCAAGAUCCUGUCUUGUUCACACACCUACUGCAAGGUCUGUCUGGAAAAGCUCUUGGAAUCCCGUGCUGAUGAUCAGAUGAUCCGAUGCCCGGUCUGCAGAGAUGAUACCCAGGUACCAAAUCUAGAUGUCAGCAAACUACCGGCAAGCCUAGCUUUAAGGAAUCUUAUAGAGGACGUGAAAAACCAACAGCAAAUUUGCACGAAUUGUGAUUCCGAGUAUAAUCCUCAAGCUGUUGUCUACUGCCAAGACUGUGGCAAGUAUCUAUGUAAUACUUGCCAUAAUAUGCACUCUCAGUGGAAAGACUUCGUCAAUCAUGAGAUCAUAGCCAUGAGUGAGAUCUCGUCAGGAAAGGUGUCAAUACGUAGAUACCGGAAAUGCAGGACACAUCCGAAAGAAGAUGAAGAAUGCUUCUGUUCUAACUGUAAGAGAUUCACAUGCUUCAGGUGUGUUGUUAUGGAACAUAAAGACCAAGGACACCAUGUCAUCGAGUCAGCUGCUUAUGAAAGUAAUCACACGAAGACCAUCGAAGAGCUUGAAUCCCAGGUGGAGAAGAAACAAUCUUGCUUUCAAAAUUACAUCGAUCUCAUCGAUGAACAGAAGAAGUGUGUGGAUAAUGCUACAAAGCAUUGUACAGAUGACAUCAACAAAGCGUAUGAUGAAGCAGUUCGACAGUUGACAGAGAAGAGAAAAAUUUUACUUGGUGAAGUCAAGGGAAAGACUGAAAGAGCAGAGGAAGCCCUGGAAGAAAUGAAGAAAUCAGCUCAGCAGCGCAUCAAUCACUUAACGACCAUCGCUGAGAUGGUAACCAAUAGGAGAAAUGCACCAGUAGACAUGGAUACUUUGGCUGUAUAUGACACCUUAUGUGAAGACCUACAAGAGGCCUUAAAUCAGGAAAAUCCUGAUUAUGAGCAGCCGAAUAAAACAUGCAGGAAUGCGAAAAGUUCCCUUUUUGAAAGGAACAUUGGAAAGGACGAACUAGGUCUGGGAAAAAUUGUUAACGAGCUUGUAAAGAGCAUUGCUUUGCCUACUAAAGAUAGCAUGAAUGACAUGGUAAACACAUCAGAUGUUAGGAUGGCUGUAGGAUGUAAUCCAGGUGGCGUGAACAUCUUCUCUGCUGAUGGUCGUCUCCAGCAGACAGUCCUCAAGGAUGUUCAGAUUUGUGCAUUAGGUUUCCUCUCUGAUGGUCGAUGCGUUGUAAUUGAUAACUCAAACACUGUAGCACUGUACACACCAGAGUUCACGAAGUUGGAUGUGAUGUUUGAGACUCUGAAUCACGAUGAAGGUGGGUUUUCUAACCUCACUGUUGAUAGUGAUGAUCUGAUCUAUGUUAGCUACAGGAACCCCAAGAAGAUACUGGUGUUCUCAUCAGCAGGUGGGAAGGCAAUCAAGGAGAUACCAUGCCAAGGAUAUGAACCUUGGCAAAUCACUUCUUACAAUGAUUCACUAAUCAUUAGUACAGGUAAUACUGUACGAUUGAUAGACAAAGAAGGUGAUAUAAAGCAUACAUUAACCAAACCAAGUAAAACUUACCCAUACGCUGCAGUGUCUCAAAGAAAUACAAUCCUGAUAGCCACGGUGAAGUACGAUGAAGGUUUGGUGAGCAUCGAUGAGUACACAGACGAGCUGAAGCACGUUCGGAACCUCGUUAAUGAGUACAAGAUUGAGAAGCCCAUAAAGAGAAAUUGGUAUUAUCUCCAGCAGUACCGAUCAGGAGAGAUCGCAUUCUGUACUCCAGAUAACCUCUACAUAAUCACAUAAAUAAUAGAUGAAACCGCAAGAUAUACGCAAUGACUGUAUUAGAAUUAGCAUUUUGAGAUGUAAAUGUUACCAUGUGAGUUCUUCAACUUUCUUAAAUGAAACACAGAAAUUAUCAGUAAUCAGUACUUUAACUGUGUAUCAUAUUUUGAUACUGUCAAUAAUGAUUCAAUGCCAAUGCACUCACAUACAGACUGACAACUUUGACAUGUGGUUUUAAGUAGUCCCAUAGACAACGCCAAUGAAGAGUUUUUCCAGAUGUUAUGUAAUCACAAGGGGUUGUAUUCUGAUAAUUAACCGAUUCUAAACUACAAUUUUAACCACAUUUCUAUGGAAUACUGGAUUCAUUUUACUUCUUUUUUUCAUCUUGGAAAUUAUCAUGUACCAAAAUCAUUAGUGUCUAGAUACAUACUUUUUAAUUUUCGUAUUCUUCCCAUUUCAUGACUCAAUUUUUGGACAACUUUUGGCAGCAGGAUAAGAAUAAUUUUCAACUGGUAAUGUUGACAACUGGCAUUCCAUACAAGUGUGGUCUAAGUUAACUCGGGUUUAACUAAACCAUGGCUUAGAAUACGACCCAUACUGUUUUUUUUUAAAUCUAACUCAAAUCUAAUUGAAUUUAUAUGACUGAUUUGUGGAAAAUCUGAUAAAUUGAUUGAACCGUAUUGCUACAUUCGUGCCAAUUUAUAUGUUAAUUCCAAAUGCAAAACAAAAACAUGAAAAAGAUUUAAGAACCUCCUAAUGAUCAACAGUGGUAUUUUACACUCUUAAAAAGGUCGGGCAAAAAAGGUAAACUUUUUAACCAUCACUGGGCAACAUACUGUCCACAAACUAUUGGUUAAAAUCUGUUCAAAUUAGUAAAAAAAAACAAAUAAUAAUUUUGCUUAAUUGGAUAAUUGCCCAGAAUAUAUAUAGAUAUAUUUUUUACCAACAAACACUACCCAACAGAGUGGACAGUAUGUUUCCCAACAUUUUAAGUUUGUAGUCAGUAUACAGUAGCAGUCACUUUUCAGAGGCCUAGGUCUAUCCUUGAAGAUCAAAGUCUCAAAACCACAAAUUUUGGUGAAAAUGUCCCUGACCCCCAGACAUGCCAACCUUCUACAAAAAAGUAUUUUUUGACAAAAAAAGAGUAUUUUUAAAAAUUUGUUUCAAUGUAACAAUCGCCAGCCUGUUGUAGUGAGAUUGGUGAAAAACAUGUGAAAUGACUUGAAAACAUUUUAAACAUGUGCUCAUAGGCAAGAAAUUACUUGUUGUUUUCAUGCAACAAGUUACUGGCCCGACAGUGAUUUUUACCGAUCUGGGACUGUCGGACCGGCACUAUAGUGUCGCGCGCUACAUACUCCAUGAUCGGAAAUUCAAAUAAAGAAACUAACAAAUCAUACAAAAAAGUAUUGACGUAUUCAUAGCAAAAAAAGAGGAACAAAUACUCUAAAAAGGGAAUGGUUGGCAUGUCUGGAUCCCCCUAUCCCUUCUCCCAAUAUUGUUCAAAAUCAACCUACAAUUGUACUUUUAACCAAUGCUUUGGUAGGUUAUUCUGAGAAAUCCUUGAGUGACGAGUUCAUGGAAUAUUAGUAUUUUGAUAAAUUUGCCACAUUUGUCCAGAAACAUUUGAUAUAUUUUUUAAUUAUAAAUGUUUGAUAGAGUGAGUUACAAUGGAGUUUUAUCUAACAUUUCAGUUUUACAAAGAUGUGAUGUAUUCAUUUAUUAACAUUUUUUUCAAGAGGAUGUCCAAUCAACAUACGAGUUGCAUUCCCUUGCAUUGGGGUCCUUCCUAUUAAAACAAACAAUCAAAUAUAACCUAUACAUGAUACAAUAUAAUUAACAUACAUGUUUAG